AUGAAUGUCAGUACUAAUCCUCACAAAGAUAUACUCAUAAUCGGAGGUGGAAUCAUUGGAUGCUCAACAGCUUAUCAAUUAACUCGCCACCCCUCGUUUUCUUCUGUUACUACAACCAUCAAAGUCAUAGAGGCCUCAAAGCAUGGUCCAGCACAGGGAGCCUCAGGAAAGGCAGGUGGCUUGGUAGCGAAAUGGGCGUAUCCGAAAGAACUUGUGGCUGUUUCCUUCGCAGAGCAUGUCAAGCUCGCCCAAGAACAUAAUGGACAGGACCGUUGGGGAUGGCGAUUUGUCAGAUGCGGAAGUUGGGAAGGUAAAGGUGCCGUGCUCGAUGAGGACGCGGAAUUCGGCGAUGGUGUAGGAGCUGGCGGUCAAAGAAAAAGCUUGGAGAAAACACUAGGACUUGGUGAAGGAACAGUCCACAAAAACGAUCCUGCGAGUAGAAAAAGGAAAGGUCUUCCCGACGACUUGCUCUGGGUUGACGAAAGUCUAACUCAUACUUACUCCCCGAUGGCGGGUGACGGAGACACAGCACAGGUCCACCCCCUUCUUUUCACGAACAGCAUGAUGGAACUCGCCGCGGAAAAAGGUGCUCAGCUGAUUUCAGGUCGUGCGAUCGAGCUAAAUAUCAGUGAUGGAGUAGUCACUGGCGUCGACAUCAUUCAUAACGACUCGGGCAAAAGCGAAACACUUCGCGCCACACAUGUAAUACUCGCAGCGGGUGCUUGGUCUCCAUCUCUCCUGGAGUCUCUCCCUAUCUCCUCUACCAGAGCUCACAGCAUAACAAUUCAUCCACAACCUUCCGUCGACAUUGCUCCUUAUGUUCUCUUCACCGAGAUUUCCUUACCUGGACGACGAGGACUCACUGUUUCUCCAGAGAUUUACGCUAGACCUGGAAAUGAAGUUUAUGCUUGUGGACCUGGUGAUGACUCUUUUCUUCCAAAGAACGUGGACGACGUGACCAUAGAUGAAGCCGCUUGUGAAAGCAUCUGGAAACACGUCUGCGGUAUCUCUCCAGAACUUCGAGCCGGGACCGUCAACAAGCGACAAGCGUGUUUCCUUCCCAUUGUCGAGACGGGUGGAGGCCCGAUCGUUGGUGCUGCUUCCAAUAUUGCUCAAGGAUUAAUUAUUGCAACCGGACACACAUGUUGGGGAAUUUGCAAUGCUCCGGGGACUGCUAAAGCUUUGAGUGAGCUCGUUAUGGACGGGAAAAUUCAGUGCGCCAAUCUACAAAGGCUGCACCCAUCGAAUUACCUGUAG